UAAGGUAAGCUAAGCCAAGCCAAGGCAACAAAGAGCCAGCUUCACCCUCCAUCGUUCGUUACAGACUUAUUACAGUGGCUGGAAACUAACUGGUUAAGCUGAAGCAGGUGAUUUUGAUCGCCAUUCCAUGGUUCAUUGCAGUGGUUGAACGGAACGAACGGCGGCCCUCUCUUCAUGAGGUAAUUUGUUUGCCCUUGAGAAUAGCAAACCAGAGCAUGGAGGGGCUGCUCAGCACCUUCCCUCCUCACCAUACUUGCUUAAAGCCUUACAUGUUCCAUACAAACAUGCUUAUGCUUCAUCAUAAGCUUCCAAAAAUACCAUCAACUAGUGUUUUUUUCCCUCCAAAACUCCACUUGGGUUCUCCCACAUCAAACUGCAUCCACAUAGGUAGAGAUAAAGAAUUGAAAGCAGCAAAAAAUAACAUGGACUGGGAAUUGGAGUUUCUUGAGGAGCUUGACCCUUUGGGUUUCCAGCCCCCAAAGAAGAGGAACAAGCAGCACAAGUCUAAGUUGCUUAAAGACACCGAGGCAAUGGAUUGGUGUGCGAGGGCGAGGAAAAUUGCCCUCAAAUCCAUUGAGGCAAGAGGCUUGACUGAAAGAGUCAAUGAUUUUGUUACUUUAAAGAAGAAGAAUAAGAAGAGGAAAAAGAACAAGGAGAGAUUGGGGAGUAGAGAGAAAACUAAUAAGAAAAGCGAGGAUUUCGAAGAAGAUUCGGACUUUGACUCAGAUGAAGACUUUGAAUUGCAAGAGGUUGAACAUUUCGAUGAUACUAGUCAUUUAAGAAGGACGGUGAGUAUGCUUGCGGGCGGGAUGUUUGAAGCGAAGAAGGAGAAGGCACGGGAAGAGUUUGUCCAGAGUCUAUCCCAAUUCUCAGGGCCAUCUGAUCGUAGGAAAGAAAUCAACUUGAACAAAGCAAUUAUUGAAGCACAGACAGCAGAACAAGUGCUGGAGGUCACUGCAGAAACAAUCAUGGCUGUUGCGAAAGGCUUGAGCCCAUCACCUCUCUCGCCUUUGAACAUUGCCACUGCCCUUCAUCGAAUAGCUAAGAACAUGGAGAGAGUCUCAAUGGUGGAAACACGUAGGUUGGCUUUUGCUCGUCAGAAAGAGAUGUCUAUGCUCGUGGGUUUAGCAAUGACUGCCUUACCUGAAUGUUCAGCUCAAGGAAUCUCAAAUAUUUCAUGGGCACUAUCCAAGAUAGGAGGGGAUCUGCUUUACCUGUCGGAAAUGGAUAGAGUUGCAGAAGUGGCCUUAACCAAGGUUGAGGAGUUUAAUUCUCAGAAUGUAGCUAAUAUUGCCGGGGCUUUUGCUUCCAUGAAGCACUCUGCUCCUCAACUCUUCUUGGAGCUAUCAAAGAGGGCAGCAGAUAUAAUUCAAACCUUUCAAGAGCAGGAGCUUGCGCAGUUGCUGUGGGCUUUUGCUUCUUUAUUUGAGCCUGCUGAACCUCUGUUUGAGUCUUUAGAUAACAUCUUCAAUGAUGCAAGCCAAUUUAAAUGCUGCUUAAGCAAUGAAAAUUUUAACCAUAAUGAAAAAGGCUCUGACACUAACAGCAGGGAUCUUGAUUGUGUUUCAGUAUCUCCUGUGCUCAGUUUUAGUAGGGACCAGCUCGGGAAUAUAGCUUGGUCUUAUGCCGUUUUUGGACAAAUGGACAGGUUUUUCUUUUCCCAUGUGUGGAAAACCAUCAACCACUUAGAGGACCAUAGGAUUUCAGACCAGUAUAGGGAGGAUAUCAUGUUUGCUUCUCAGGUUCAUAUUGUAAAUCAGUGCUUGGAGCUAGAAUACCCACAUCUUCAAUUAUCUCUAGGGACCAGUCUCAAGGAGAAAAUUGCUCGUGCUGGAAAGACUAAAAGAUUUAAUCGAAAAAUGACUUCUUCAUUCCAGAAGGAAGUUGCUCAUCUUCUCAUGAGCACUGGCCUUGAAUGGGUAAAAGAAUAUGUCAUGGAUGGGUACACUCUCGAUGCCGUUUUGAUUGAUAAGAAGGUUGCUUUGGAGAUUGAUGGUCCAUCUCAUUUCUCAAGGAAUACAGUGGUACCUUUGGGACAUACAAUGCUGAAACGCCGCUACAUAACUGCUGCUGGUUGGAAAAUUGUUUCAUUGUCUCACCAAGAGUGGGAAGAACUUCAAGGUGGGUUUGAGCAGCUAGAAUACCUAAGAGCAAUUCUCCAAGAUCACUUACAAGGAAGCAAUGUCUACAUUACAUUAUGAAAAAGGAGAAAGAAGUGAGUAUUUAUUUGUUAUAAUGAGGGCUUUAAUUUGUUAGGCAAAUGUAUGAUUCUUAUUGAGUUUGAAAUUUAUGUGAGGAUAUAUAAAAAAUACUAUAUGUCUUGUAGUCCCAUUUAUGCUAAAUAGAGUAAAAUUUCCCUUGUA